UCACACAAUGUGACAGUAGCGAUGGUUGGGCACGGGACGCAGCCGCUGCGCUUUGCGGGACCCAAUCUCCAGGUUCCACACGCGCCCUUAGACUAGCAUCGCUUUGCUCACCCUCACGCUGUCUCUCUCUCUCUCUUGUUCCUCUCUUUCUCUCCCGCACGCCUGGCCUCGAACCCCGCGGGAGAAAAUAAGAGAACGCAGAUCGCGACGCUUCCGGGAAAAAGUUUUUGGCCGGCCGCUGUCAAAGGAGAUUGGUAUUGUAUUUCUUUUGAACCACUAGUUGAUGGAUUUAUCACUGACAAUACAACAACAUUUUAGCUAGAAAUCGUGUGAAGCAUGGGUGACUGGAGCUUUCUGGGGCGGCUGCUGGAGAACGCUCAAGAACACUCCACCGUGAUUGGAAAGGUGUGGCUGACAGUCCUCUUCAUCUUUCGUAUCCUGGUCCUGGGGGCGGCUGCGGAGGAAGUGUGGGGUGACGAGCAGUCGGACUUCACCUGCAACACGCAGCAGCCCGGUUGCGAGAACGUGUGCUACGACGAAGCCUUCCCCAUCUCGCACAUCCGCUUCUGGGUGCUGCAGAUUAUCUUCGUGUCCACACCCACCUUGAUCUACCUGGGACACGUGCUGCACAUUGUCCGCAUGGAGGAGAAACACCGGGAGAAGGAGGAGGAGCAGCGGAAGGCCAGCCGGCACCAGGAGGAGAGAGACCCUCUGUACAGGAACGGAGGAGGAGGAGGGAAAAAGGAGAAGCCCCCAAUCAGAGACGAGCACGGUAAAAUCCGCAUCCGGGGGGCUCUCCUGCGCACAUACGUGUUCAACAUCAUCUUCAAGACGCUGUUCGAAGUGGGCUUCAUCCUGGGUCAGUACUUCCUGUAUGGCUUCCAGCUCAGCCCCCUGUAUAAGUGUGGUCGCUGGCCCUGCCCCAACACGGUUGACUGCUUCAUCUCACGCCCCACAGAGAAGACCAUCUUCAUCAUCUUCAUGCUGGUGGUAGCCUGCGUCUCCCUGCUACUCAACCUGCUGGAGAUAUACCACCUGGGAUGGAAGAAGGUGAAGCAGGGGGUCAGCAACGAGUUUGCGCCCGACCGAAUGGCGCUCCCCUUGGCCAGAGACGAGGCGGUGGAGUCCAACAUGAUCCAGGAGGGGAUCGCCCACCCGGCCCUCAACUGCCUGCCCACGUACGGUGGCGUGAACGUGGUGUACCUGCCCAACGAGCAGGCAAACGCCACGGACGCUUUAUCCGAGCAGCAGGCAGCGGCGGCAGAACUCAAGAUGGACCCUUUCCAUGAAGACUUCCUGCUGGAGGCUCCUCCCACGUCCUUCUACGGCAGCGAGGGCAAUGGCCAGCAGCAGUCCGUGGAGCAGAACUGGGCCAACAUGGCCAUGGAGCUGCAGACUCUGGACGCUGCCAAGUCCUCCUUGUACCCUCCUCCUCCCUCCUCCCCUUCUCCGCCACCCUCCUCCUCCUCCCACACCUCCUCUGACCAGGAGCAGUCACCCCCUCCACCGGACACUGCCCCUCCUAUCCCCGACUCCCGCUCCUCCACCCUCCCGCUGGGGGAAUCGAGAAGGAGUGAGGAGCACCAGCAGCAGGAAGAAGAGGCGGCGCUGCCGCUGACGCACGUUGAUGAUGUCACGGUGACCCGGGUGGAGAUGCACGAGCCGCCCGUUUUCAUAGCGGCGGACGCCCGCAGGCUGAGCAGGGCCAGCAAGACCAGCAGUGUCCGAGCCCGGCCCGACGACCUUGCCGUGUAACACAUACACACACACACACUCUCACACACCUUCACACAAUCACAUACAAACACAUGCAGACCCCUAUCCACCACCGCACCCCAACGCCUCUGGGUUCUAUACAUUAUAUAUCUUUGAGGCUCAGGUGUCAAAUGUUGUGUGAAAUACAGAGGCGAUGUGGGAGGGGGGAGGGGGGGCUCUGGAGUUGAGAUGCUCCUGACAUUACUCUCUACAGAAGUUGCGUUAUCUGGAGAUGCAUUCGGUGAGGUGAGGCAUAGCUUAGUGCUUCAACGUUAUGAGGUGCCAACACGUAUGUGGAGAGGGAACACAUUCACUGUUUGCAGCUCAGAUGCCAUGAAAGGAUUAGAGAUAUUGGACUAACUAGUUUGGGACAUUAGCAACAUUUCGGAUGAAUAUAAUUCUGCUGUUUUCUUUAUUCUUUGAUGGUAGACAUCAGAAGAGGGUUUGCGCUUUCGUUCAUUUUUUUCUCUCCUCCGUUUAUUUUUUCUUUUCUUGUGAUGGACCCUUUAAGAUGCAGCCGAUGUGUCCUAUUGUCUCUUCCUGGUGUCUGUCUGUCUGCCUCGUAGCUAGCCGUCUGUCUGUUCCAUGCUCACCCUUCCUAUUAAGCUGAAUGAAGAGAGGGACGCUCUGACAGUAUGGUGGAGUGGAGAGAGACGGGGAUAGGGUACCUGGGUGGCACUUUAUUCAAAAUGACUUGCUAUUUACUUACAGAUGACAUGUUAAUCACACACGACUAGGCACAUUUUGGUACCAGGUAGUUAACAAUGAAGUACCCUCUGAUAAUAUGUAAUGUACCAGUAAAUACCAGGUUAAUACCAGUGCAUAAGGUAACGUCCUACCGGUUACUGUCGUGUGUAGCCAUACUAGUGUGAAGCUUCAACCCAUGUUACCACCUCGAUCCCAACCUCAGGCUUGGUCUUUAGGAUUCACAGGCAUUGUGUGUGUGUGUUUCUGUGUGUGUGUGUGUGUGUGUGUGUGUGUGUGUGUGUGUGUGUGUGUGUGUGUGUGUGUGUGUGUGUGUGUGUGUGUGUGUGUGUGUGUGUGUGUGUGUGUGUGUGUGUGUGUGUGUGUGUGUUUGUGUGUGUGUGUGUGUGUGUGCGUGCAUGCGUGCGCAAUAGAUAUAUUAUAGAGUCUUGUUUCAAUGUCUACAACAACAUUUAGGCAGUUACAUCAGGGUAAAUAAUAUAUAUAUGUAAAUAUAUUACAUAGUACAUAUAGGGUAUAUUAUACAUAUAGAAUUAUGACUUAUAAAGAACCCAUACUGACGCUUGUGUUUGCAGUGUGUUAAAGACGUGUGUCCUCAUCGUAAAGAAAUUCAGCAGAUUUAAGACUGUAGGCCCCCCACUGGUAGUCAGUAUGGGAAGUUUCAGUAUAGUGCUUAGAGAGAGUAGGCAAUAGAAUUGCUAGAAGAUAGAUAGAUACGGAGUAUUAUUUAAGGCAAUGACAUUUCAUUCUUUGUUACUGAGUCAUAAUAGCAAAAUCAAUAGGAAUGUGCAUUUGCGUAUCAUUUUCUUAAACUCCUGCCAGUUUUUUAAAUCAGAAAAUGGCUCUUAACAUGCAGUUGUAUUUCUUUUAAGCUUCCUGUUUUUUUUCUCUCCAGAUUAAUUCAUUUUAUUGUCAUCUAACAUUCAGGAAAAAAUCAUAGCUAUCGAACAAUGUUUUGGACAGAUCUCUUUUGCAUUUUGUACCUCUUUAUGUUUUGAACAACGGUAUAUUCUGUUACUGUGAAACUACAACUCACUACUACUGACUCCCUCAAGCACUUGACCUUUGACCUUGUUAUGAUGAAAUGAUGAAAUCAUAUGUUAUCAUUCCACCACCACCUGAAGCAGGGGGCACUUCAAUUUUGCCACGUAAAGUAAGAACAGAAAGUUGUGAUUCUUACAGUACAUUUCAACAAUGUAGAUAGGCUGUUUGUUCCCAUUUCUCUCUCUAUCUCCCCCUCACUUACCCUCACACUCGUCCUUCCUUCCUUCCUUCCUUUCUUUUCUCUCUUUCUUUUAUUCUCUCUCUCCACACACACACACACACACACACACACACACACACACACACACACACACACACAAACUCUACAUUGGGGUACAUCUUGGGAUAGAGGGUUUAGACUGAGACUGUGAAUGGGCUGUUGCUGUGCUCUGCUGUAUGAUGUGUUAAAAUGCUUAGAGAAUCAGGUCUGCUGCUUGUUGCGUUGCCACACACACAGAAUCCAAGUGCCUCACAAAUUGUUUACAUACCAUGCACAUACAGUAUGUUUAAAAAAAGCCACCAGGUGAUGGGAUCGAGCUGUGACAUUGUAAUCCAAAAAAAACGAAGAGCAGGUCAGCUGUGCACCAAGGAGAGAAAAUCUAAAAUGGCCACCAUUAGUACUCUGUUAAGAGUUGUUGAAAACAAGUUACGGUUCUGUUAACUCAUCAUUUCUGUUCAUAACCUUGUCAUUUCGAUUGUUUAAAGUUGACACUUUAGCAUGUAGAUAAUGAUCUGGACAGUUAAGACAGAAUGGUGUUCUAAGAUAAAAUAACAAAGGACAUCUCAAAAAGAGGAUGUCUCAAUAUUUUAGAAAGUAUUUAUAUUUAUGAGAGAAUUACCAGAUUACCAAAUACAAAAAAAAGUAGAUUUUGAAAAAAAGAUUGCAUCUUUGUUGACUUUUUUGUCGAAAAAAUACUAGAGAGGUGUUUGGCUAGGUUAAAGUUAUACUCCAUUGUUGUGUCAGGCACCCCCCCCCCCCCCCCCCCCCCCAUCAGAAAACUGACAUUUGUUGGACUUUGGAAUCUCUGGCGUGGAGUGAGAUUUCAUUGGCCAGUGAGGCAGGGAAGGAGAUUUAGAUAUGCUCAGACCAGAUACCCCAUUGUGAAAUCACUGUCUAUGAAGAGAAGUGCCUUACGUCUGAACUUUUGUAAGAACAUGUUGAUGUAAAUGUUAAUUUACCUCAAAUGUUUACAAAACUGUUACUGAAUAAACUUUUUGUACCAUA